AUGUUUUCACUAGCUGAAAACAAAGAUCUUACUCUACCACUAAUAGGACUAGUCCUAGCUGCAACAGGGAAAUCAGCUCAAUUUGGGUUACACCCAUGAUUACCCUCAGCCAUAGAGGGCCCUACUCCGGUAUCUGCCCUAUUACACUCCAGCACAAUAGUAGUUGCUGGGAUCUUUUUACUUAUUCGGAUAAGUCCUUUAAUAGAAAAUAACCCUGCUAUCCUGACAACAUGCCUUUGUCUUGGGGCAUUAACCACUUUGUUCACAGCCAUUUGCGCUCUAACACAAAAUGAUAUCAAAAAAAUUGUAGCAUUUUCCACAUCUAGUCAACUAGGGUUGAUAAUAGUUACAAUUGGUCUCAAUCAACCCCAAUUAGCCUUCCUUCACAUCUGUACCCAUGCUUUCUUUAAAGCAAUAUUAUUCUUAUGCUCCGGAUCAUUAAUUCACAGCCUAAAUGAUGAACAAGACAUUCGAAAAAUAGGAGGAAUACACUUCCUCACCCCCUUCACCUCAUCCUCACUAACUUUGGGUAGCUUAGCUUUAACAGGAACGCCCUUCCUAGCCGGAUUUUUCUCAAAAGACGCCAUUAUUGAAUCAGUAAACACCUCGUAUUUAAACGCCUGAGCCCUCUUAUUAACCUUAGUUGCCACCUCAUUCACAGCGGUUUACAGCCUGCGAAUUGUCUAUUAUGUAACCAUAGGCUAUCCACGAUUCAACUCUUUAUCCCCUAUUAAUGAGAACAAUAAAUCAGUUAUCAACCCAAUUAAACGACUAGCUUGAGGAAGCAUUAUCUCAGGAUUGAUCAUUACAUCAAACAUAACUCCUGUAAAAAACCCAGUUAUAACUAUACCACAAUACGCUAAAAUAGCUGCCCUAAUUGUAACAGUACUUGGACUUAUCACAGCUUUAGAAAUAGCUCGUAAUACAUCUAAACAAUUAAGCAUCACCCCAAAACAAGCCCCCCACUCAUUUUCUAAUAUAUUAGGAUUUUACCCAUCCAUCAUACACCGACUACCUAUAAAACUCUCACUUCAAUUAGGACAAAACAUUGCCUCCCAAAAUAUUGACAUAACAUGAUUAGAAAAAAUUGGCCCUAAGGCCCUAUCAACCUUAAAUAUGCCUUUAAUUACAACUACAAGCAACACUCAAAAAGGUAUAAUUAAAACCUACUUAAUACUAUUUAUUUUAACCCUUACUCUAACCAUAGCAUUAUUGAUUUAAACCACUCGAAGUGUGCCACGAGCAAGACCCCGUGUUAACUCCAACACAACAAAUAAAGUUAAUAAAAGAACUCAAGCACUAAUAAUCAACACCCAACCCCCCGAAGAAUACAUCAAAGCCACUCCAGACAUAUCCCCUCGAAAUAUUGAUAAACCAGCUAUCUCAUCUACAGGCACUCAAGAACUUUCAUACCACCCCCCGUAAAAAUAAAAUAAAGCCAAAAUCACCCCUAAUAAAUAUAAAGCCCCGUAAACUGCAACUGAUCAACUACCUCAACUCUCAGGAUAAGCUUCAGCAGCCAAAGCAGCAGAAUAUGCAAAAACAACUAACAUCCCUCCUAGAUAAAUUAAAAAUAAAACUAAAGAUAAAAAAGGCCCUCCAAAACUCACCAUAACUCCGCAACCCAUCCCAGCUACAACCACCAGUCCCAAAGCAGCAAAAUAUGGCGAAGGAUUAGAAGCCACCGCAAUUAAACCAAAAAUUAACCCUAUUAAUAACAAAAAUAUCAAAUAAGUCAUAAUUUUUACCAGGAUUUUAACCAGGACUAAUGGCUUGAAAAACCACCGUUGUAAUUCAACUAUAAAAACCCUAAUGGCCAACCUUCGAAAAACCCACCCUAUUCUUAAAAUUGCCAACAGCGCCUUUGUAGACCUCCCUGCACCAUCUAACAUCUCCGUGUGAUGAAACUUUGGAUCACUGCUAGGAUUGUGCUUAAUAGCUCAAAUUAUCACAGGACUAUUUCUAGCAAUACAUUACACUUCAGAUAUUGCAACAGCUUUCUCCUCAGUAACACACAUUUGCCGAGAUGUAAACUACGGUUGACUAAUCCGCAACAUACAUGCUAACGGAGCAUCAUUCUUUUUCAUCUGUAUUUACAUACACAUUGCACGGGGACUUUAUUAUGGAUCAUAUUUAUACAAAGAAACCUGAAAUGUUGGAGUCGUACUUCUACUCCUAGUAAUAGCCACCGCAUUUGUAGGCUACGUACUACCCUGAGGACAAAUAUCCUUUUGAGGAGCCACAGUAAUUACUAACCUAAUAUCAGCUGUGCCUUACAUCGGAAACGAUUUAGUACAAUGAGUGUGGGGGGGAUUUUCUGUAGAUAACGCUACCCUAACCCGAUUCUUCGCAUUCCAUUUCCUACUCCCAUUCGUAAUCGCAGCCGCAUCUAUAGUCCACCUACUUUUCCUCCAUGAGACAGGGUCAAAUAACCCUGCCGGAAUUAAUUCUGACGCAGAUAAAAUCUCAUUCCACCCUUAUUUCUCAUAUAAAGACCUAUUAGGAUUCGCCGCCUUGUUAAUUAUACUCACAUCAAUUGCCCUAUUUACACCUAAUAUUCUAGGAGACCCCGAUAACUUCAUCCCAGCCAACCCUUUAGUAACCCCGCCUCAUAUCAAACCUGAAUGAUAUUUUCUAUUUGCUUAUGCUAUCCUACGAUCAAUCCCUAACAAACUAGGGGGUGUGUUAGCUUUAUUGUUCUCAAUUUUAGUGCUAAUACUGGUCCCAAUCCUUCACACAUCCAAACAACGGGGGCUCACCUUCCGACCUUUUGGUCAACUUAUAUUUUGGAUGUUAGUAGCAGAUAUGAUAAUUUUAACAUGAAUUGGAGGAAUGCCUGUAGAACCUCCGUAUAUCUUAAUCGGUCAACUGGCAUCAGUUAUUUACUUCCUUAUCUUUUUAGCAGCUUUACCUAUAUCAGGUUGAAUGGAAAAUAAAAUUCUUAAAUGAAAUU